AUGCCUUUCAAUUUCCAUCCAAAUGUAACAGCACAGCAGCUGGCGGAUAUCUUGCCGAACGGUGUCGCCAUUCUCAACCACCAGCACGAAUUGAUCUCCGCGAACCGCCGGUUCCGGGAGCUGAUUCCUUGUUCCACCGCCAAUUUUCGCGAGUGUUGGCUACAAUCGGUCCAUCCAGACGACUAUGAGCGGGUGGACACAGGGUACCGUGAGGCGGCACGGUCCAAACAGGCGCUACGCAUCGAAUACUACACGCAGGACCCUGGCUCCAUGUGGUGCGUCUUGACGCUGAAAAGCUUGGAAAAUACGGAUCUUCAAAAUUUUGGUCUGGGCGACAAUGGCGGGUUCAUCUGCACCGUGGCCGACACCACCCAGGAAAAGAAGGCUGAACUUCUCCAGAGGCAGGCGGCGCAGGACGCAGAGGCACGCAAGCAGAAGCAAGAGCGGUUUAUCGACAUGAUCAGUCACGAAAUUCGAAAUCCUCUCUCUGCCAUCUUGCAUUGCACCGAAGACAUCCUGGAGGCGGUCCAUUCGAGGACAUCGGAUCAGCUUCCGCUCAUGGAUAUUAUCGAGGCAGCAGAGACCAUCAGCCUCUGUAUCAAUCAUCAACGGAAAAUUGUGAAUGAUGUUUUGACUUAUUCAAAACUGGACGCCUCGAUGCUCGCGCUAUCGCCGCAACGAGUUCAGCCAAAACAGGAUCUCACAAAAUCGCUUGCCAUGUUUCGACCUGAGAUCCGCAAGCACCAUAUUCAAUUCGAGUAUAUAGCGGAUUCGUCCUAUGUGGAAUGUGGAAUUGACUGGGUCAUGGCCGACCUUGAUCGGAUCAGCCAGGUCCUUAUCAACCUGCUCUCGAACGCGAUCAAAUUCACCGCCAAAUCGGAGACAUCGAGAAUGGUCCGAGUCUCCAUUGGAGCCUCGAUAGAGCGGCCAUCAUCCUAUCCUCCUAACGUCGUCUUUUUCCAAUCAGGGGAGGAAGCACUACGUGAGGAUGCGACCAAUACCCCGGACUGGGGAAAUGGCCAGAUCGUCUACAUAAUGGUUGCCGUCAAGGACUCGGGCAUCGGGAUUAGCGAUCAAACCCAGAAGAGGCUAUUUCAACGCUUCAAUCAAGCAACUCCAAAGACCGAGAGCACUUACGGUGGUUCUGGUCUUGGCCUCAGCGUUUCCAGGAAACUUUGCCAUCUACACGGGGGCGAGAUCGGAGUGAGCGCCAAGGAAGGACAGGGCAGUACGUUCGGCUUCUUUUUUAAAGUACGCCGAAGUACUGAGGCAAGCGAUAACGGAUCGGGCAGACUCCAUGCCUCUGAAAUGGAAAAACUAGCAACCGAUAUUCAAGCGCUAGGCAAUGAACUGAGAGGAGUCAAUCGAUCGACUGAAGUGCCCAAGAUCCCAGAAAACCCCCCUGUGGCUAGCGUCGGAGAGACAAAGUCCGAUGCUAUCGAUGACGCCAGGACGAUACACACAAGCAAAAUAGCUCGUCAGGUUUCACACGAGACUGAACGCGACCAACCCAGUUCGUCAAAUAACCGUCGUUCCGAGAAACGAGACGGCAGCCAUCACAUUCUCUUAGUGGAAGACAACAUCAUCAACAGGCGAAUUAUCUCGCGGAGAUUGAAAACAUUGGGAUUCCAAAUUUCGGAAGCAAGUAAUGGGCACGAGGCACUGGAUGCCGCCCGAAACAGCAAAUUCGAUUGCAUACUCAUGGACCAGGAGAUGCCUAUCAUGGACGGCUGCACCACAACCAAAGCAAUUCGCGAUCUGGAGCAGGAGAAUAGUCUACAUACCCCGGUCCUGGGAGUGACAGCGAACGCCAGAGCGGCACAGAAAACGGAGAUGCUUGACGCCGGUAUGGAUGAUAUUAUCUAUAAGCCUUACAGCACCGAUGAAAUUGUUGAGAAGAUCGAUUACUUAACGGAUCAUUCUUCUCAUGGGUAG